GAGACCUAAUAUCAAAUCUCAAGUAAAGGAGAACAAAUUGGGGAAGCCUGCAGCUGCUUUUCAUGUCUAGUGCUGCGACGAGGAUCCAUCGUUGGUGCGUUCAGGGUCAGCGUCCACUGUGGGAGAACGCGCACUCCUUAGCUCCUGCCUCACACGGCACCGUGAGUCUCGUCGUCGUCACACGGUGGUGUCCCCCCUUUCGCUAGCAUCUCUCCGCGCCCCAGCCGCGGUACUCCUCAUUUUUUCCUUUCCUCCUUCUUCGCACGACUCGCGUCACGCAGCGGAUCUGCCGAGGCCACGUAGCCGCGUUCCUUCGGCGGGAUCCACCGCGACGAGGCUGGACAGGUUCCUUCUAGCUUUUGACAUUUGACAGAUCCUCUUUGUGUGUGAGGGAGUGUGACUGCGUGUGCGCGUGUGCCUGUGUGAGUGGUGUGUGCGUGUGCUUUGGGUGGAGUCAACCCGGAAUUCUCCAAUUUGGAAAAAAACACGAUCAGGGGUGACACAAUGAAAGAUAGCAUCGCCAACAACAGCACAGCAAGCAUCUCCCAAGCCAGGAAAGCCGUGGAGCAGCUCAAGAUGGAGGCCUGCAUGGAUAGAAUAAAGGUGUCCAAAGCCGCCGCAGACCUAUUGGCUUACUGCGACGCCCACAUACGUGAGGACCCUCUCAUUGUGCCCGUGCCGGCCUCCGAGAACCCAUUCCGGGAGAAGAAAUUCUUCUGCGCCAUCCUCUGAUGACCCGCAUGCCAAGCGCCGUGGGCUACGGGCGCGGCGUCGCCUGCCUUCUUUGUCUUCACCACACCUGAAGCGACUUGCCACGGGCGUCCAUUCCGGUUUAGCCGGGUGGACCCUGGUGUCGGUCGGCUCCGUCCUGGCGGCUGAGGGGAUUCUACAGGGGGGGCAGUCUUGUUCAAUAGGUUUGUUAUUGCUUUGUUAUUAGAGAACAGCCUUGCUCAGUGCUUUCACGCGGUGAGAGUUUUUUCUUUGUUUGUUUGUUUUUUUAAAGAUCCUUUUCUUUAGCUGCGCUCGAUCCGAAAUUCCCUCAGGAAACAAAAGUGUGCCCAGUCAACAUCUUUUCACCUUCCAUCGUCUUGAAACGUCAGUGCCUUUCAGCGUGCGAGCUUCAAAGUAUCUGCUGCAGCAUGCACUGAAAGCAAGUAAAACAUGACACCUGGCUCAUUUCACUAAUGAAUUGUUAGCCGAGAGCCCCGAACAGCCAUCUAGUGCAUAGUGUGCAGAGUAAAGUGUUUUGGUGAGAUGCAAGCGAGCAGGCAAGCAAGCUAAUCUGUUUGUUCAAGCGACACAACUUGAUCACUGUGCAAGUCUUUUAGUCCAAAUGAAGUAAUAAACCUUCCCCACCACGCCCUGAUGUGUUUUACCUUUGCUUUUUUUCCUUCCAUUGAUGCUUCAAUCCGUCUUUCAUCACAUCGUGCGGCUUCCAAUUGGAAUACUUUCCAGUUGCGGGUUGCGGGAUGUCAAGUGUUUCCUGGGCACGUUUCCUGGCUCUUUGUUUGACCGUUUCAGAGUGAACAGCCAGGCCUUUGACAUUAAAGCCAAAACGGAGGCCUGCAUGUUCCUUUGCUCCCCUAUUGACCGCCGACUCUGCUUAUGAGCGGCCGUUGGUCUUUUUCCGGUGUACAGUAACGUUUCGGUGCCAAUCCUUGUGAGAGCAGUGUUAUCGUCACACUGCGCACUUUCUUCUUGUUUGUUUGGUUGAUUUGGAAGAAAAAGCACACCGUCUCCUUUACAUGGUAUAUACAGUAAAUAGCAUUUACAAAUUUUUAUGAUGAAUUGUCAAUGAUUCUUUAUUAUUAUUGUUAUUAUCAGUCGUAUUAUUGAAUAUUUGUUGCACAGCACUGACUGCUACAUGAUGUGUUGUGUGCUACUAAGCUUGUAUGAUAUCUACAGUUGUUCAUUAUUUACAAAACAUGCAGUUAUUCUUAAUAUGUGAGUAUUUUUAAAAUAGAUAACACAAAGGGUGUUAAAUCUGUGAAAUGUGAGGUACUUUCCUCUUGGUACUUGAAGAGUCGUCGUAUUACUGAUCCAAUUUACAGGAAUGAUGAAACCAUCAAAUCCGCUGUUUUCAGGAGAAUCAUUUCUAGAUUAUUAUUAUUUAUCUAUGAAAUCCUGAGACUAGUCUUGGGGCGUCUUCACUGACCUGAGGAUUGUGCCAAAUUUUCGACAAUAAACGCAAUGGCGAAGGAUGAAUUUUGCAUGGUUUUAGCCAAACUAGAGAGAACUGUUAUGAUGUGAAAGAUUGCCUCUCUGCUGACUUUCCAGGAGGCUGCUCUGCAAAUGUAAUCACACCUGAGGUCCGAUAUGUUGACAAUGUGCAGCUGUAUUCUUAAAUGGUAUUCUUGUUUUUGUAAAAAGACAAAAAACGCAUUUAAUUCGGAAGCUUUGUAAAUCCUUUGAUGGAUGAAUUAAUUAAAGACGUAUAUCAAAUGGGA